GUAUCCCCUAUACUACUAAAACUUACAGCAACAUGAUCGUUACUGGAAUUAUUUCUUUAGUUCAGCCUAGAUUUUUCCCUGAAAAGAAAGAGGAAAAGAAUAUGAAUCGGCUUGGGUGCACUGCUCAGGGAAAUCCACUGGUAACCGAAUGGAAAAGAAAAAACCUGCUCAACGAUGACAUCUGGGUCUUUGAUACGAAAGAUACCUCAUCCAAAGGAAAGUACGUUUUUUCUAACAUGGAUGGCUUCAAGGAUCACACCUUGACCAUCUAUGACGUACAACCUAAAGACGCCGGCCAGUAUUAUUGCUGCAUCAAGAACAUCAAAAGUCCCAGACCCCCCGAAGAUAUUAGUAACUGUCAGAUCUUUGGAGUCCAACCCCAACCCCUACUCCAAACCCAGCCCCCAUCCACACUCACUACCCCACCUCCAGUCUCAGGUUUUGUAGUUGGCAAAGCAAGUCUCACGUUUUACAUCAUUCUCCUCGACCUGCUGCUGAAUUGGUUGCUGUAAUGAUCACGUGACUACUCCACCAGGUCAUGUGAGGCCUGACGAUGGAAGUGUAUCCAUCAUUUGACGAAUGUAAUUCCUUGUCAAUAAGAUAAAGGGCACUCUAAGUCUUAUCAUAAAUGCUGAAUUAUAUUGAAUGCCUUCAUUGUACUUUAUAUAAG